UGCCCCCCAAACAACACUGCUAAUCCUAGAAUCCGGGGAUGAACAUGUUCCAGACGUGCCUAGUUCGUCCACAUCUCCCAAAUCUCAACCAAUGUUUUCAAUGAAUCAAGACUCAUCCUCAAGUUUCGUAAGCAAGAUCCAUUAUGAGGAUCAACAAUAUGGUUUUGCAGAACGACGUGAUGAAGACUUAGGCUCUUCCAUGGUUAACCAGAGCUCUGAUGAUCCUGAAUCUGUGGCUGAACAAAUUUCAACUUCCUCCUCAAGCUCAUCUUCAUCUUCUACCUCCAUGUCACAAACAAAGUUUUCGUUGGAUCUAGCCUCUUCGAACUGGGAUCAGGAACCGCAAAUGGAGGUUCCACAGUCUCAAAAUCAGAUAGCAGAAACCACACAUCAAGUAACAUAUGACAUUUCAAAUCCCACAACUUCUCAUGAAUCAUUGCAGUUAUUAGCUGAUAUCCCAACAGUGCACCACCAGGAAAGGGAGAUACUGAAUAUAGAUUCUACUAAAGAGAUUGAAGGUCUGCCCAAAUUGGAGACUACUGCCCCUCGUUCAGAAUCGUAUGAUCAUGACAAGUUUUCUGAGGAAACCGGAAAUAGCUCGUAUGAUCUUGACAAGUCUUCUGAGGAAACUGGAAAUAAUCAUAUGAUUCCUUUGGUGAUUCAUGAGGAUACACAAAACAAAGAUUCUAUUGCAGAGACCAAAGGUCUGCCCAAACUUGAAACUAGUGCCCAUCAUUCAGAACCACAUGAUCGCGAGAAGUAUUUUGAGGAAAUCAGAAAUAAUCAUAUGAUUCCUUUGGUGAUUCAUGAGGAUACACAAAACAAAGAUUCUGUUGCAGAGAUCGAAGGUCUGCCCGAACUUGAAACUAGUGCUCAUCAUUCAGAACCACAUGAUUGCGAGAAGUAUUCUGAGAAAACCAGUACCAGUAAUCAUACCAAUGCAUCGGUGAUCCCGGGGGAGGUUUUGAAGAUAGAUUAUAUUGAAAAGACUGAGGGUCUGCCCAAACGGGAGAUAACUACCCAUCGUUUGGAAUCAAAUGAUCACAAGUAUUCCUCUAAGGAAACCAGCAGCGAUAAUCAUCAUACAAAUGCACCUGUAAUCCAGAAGGAGAUACAGAACACUAAUUCUAUUAAAGAGGCUGGAGGUCCACCUGAACUGGAAAUGACUAAAGGUGAUCUUCCACGCUUAAAUGAAGAACGAGGUCUUCAAGGUCCUUCAAUGGCAGAAAAUAAAGAAGCUAAAAUGAUCGAGGGAGCAGCCCACCUCAAGGAAACAGUACAGAAGCCAGUUGCUAAGGAAACCAGUACCAAUAAUCAUACCAAUGUGGCAUCAGUGAUCCCGGAGGAGAUUUUUAAGAUAGAUUGUACUGAAGAGACAGAGAGAUUGCCCAAACAGGAGAUUACUACCAAUCAUUUGGAAUCAAACAAUCAUGAGAAGUCCUCUAACGAAACCAGCAAUGAUAAUCAUACAAAUGCAUCUGUAAUGGUCAAGGGAGCAGCCCACCUCGAGGGAACAAUACAGAAGCCAGUUGCUGAGGAAACCAGUACCAGUAAUCAUACCAAUGCGGUAUCAGUGAUCCCGGAGGAGAUUUUGAAGAUAGAUUGUACUAAAGAGACUGAGAGACUGCCCAAAUCGGAGAUGACUACCAAUCGUUUGGAAUCAAACGAUCAUGAGAAGUCCUCUAACGAAACCAGCAGUGAUAAUCAUACAAACGCAUCUGUAAUGGUCGAGGGAACAGCCCACCUCGAAGGAACAGUACAGAAGGGAGUUGCUGAGGAAACCAGUACCAGUAAUCAUACCAAUGCGGCAUCAGUGAUCCCGACGGAGAUUUUGAAGAUAGAUUGUACUGAAGAGACUGAGAGACCGCCCAAACCAGAGAUGACUACCAAUCGUUUGGAACCAAAUGAUCAUGAGAAGUCCUCUAACAAAACCAACAGUGAUAAUCAUACAAAUGCAUUUGUAAUGACCGAGGGAGAAACCCACCUCGAGGGAAAAGUACAUAAGCCAAUUGUUGAGGAAACCAGUACUAGUAAUCAUACCAAUGCGGCAUCAGUGAUCUCGGAGGCGAUUUUGAAGAUAGAUUGUACAGAAGAGGCUGAGAGACUGCCCAAAUCGGAGAUGACUACCAAUCGUUUGGAACCAAAUGAUCAUGAGAAGUCCUCUAACGAAACCAACAUUGAUAAUCAUACAAAUGCAUCUUUAAUCCAGCCAGGUGCUGCAGUGAAAUCGGACGUCAAUAAUGUUGUUCAAAGCGAGUGCAGAAGUUUUAGUGUUAAUGAAGUCAGCAACUUUGAUGUGUCUAAGGCAGUAAACGAAAAGAGCAACUCAACCCAUCGUUUGGAAUUAAACGAUCAUGAGAAGUCCUCUAACGAAACCAGCAGUGGUAUUCAUACAAAUGCAUCUGUAAUCCAACCAGUUGCUGCAGUGAAAUCAAAUGUCAAUAAUGUUGUUGAAAGCGAGCCCAGAAGUUUUAUUGUCAAUGAAGUCAGCAACUUUGAUGUGUCUAAGGUUGUAAACGAAAAGAGCGACUCAACCCACCGUUUGGAAUCAAACGAUCAUGAGAAGUCCUCUAACAAAACUAGCAGUGAUAAUCAUACAAAUGCAUCUGUAAUCCAGCCAGUUGCUGCAGUGAAAUCAGAUGUCAAUAAUGUUGUUGAAAGCGAGCCCAGAAGUUUUAUUGUCAAUGAAGUUAGCAACUUUGAUGUGUCUAAGGCUGUAAACGAAAAGAGCGACUCAACCCAUCAUUUGGAAUCAAACGAUCAUGAGAAGUCCUCUAAUGAAACCAGCAGUGAUAAUCAUACAAAUGCAUCUGUAAUCCACCAAGUUGCUGCAGUGAAAUCAUCAGAUGUCAAUAAUGUUGUUGAAAGCGAGCCCAGAAGUUUUAUUGUCAAUGAAGUCAACAACUUUGAUGCGUCUAAGGCUGUAAACGAAAAGAGCAACUCAACCCAUCGUUUGGAAUCAAACGAUCAUGAGAAGUCCUCUAAUGAACCCAGCAGUGAUACUCAUACAAAUGCAUCUAUAAUCCAGCCAGUUGCUGCAGUGAAAUCAGAUGUCAAUAAUGUUGUUGAAAGCGAGCCCAGAAGUUUUAUUGUCAAUGAAGUUAGCAACUUUGAUGUGUCUAAGGAUGUAAAUGAAAAGAGUGACUCAACCCAUCGUUUGGAAUCAAACGAUCAUGAGAAGUCCUCUAACAAAACUAGCAGUGAUAAUCAUACAAAUGCAUCUGUAAUCCCGCCAGUUGCUGCAGUGAGAUCAUCAGAUGUCAAUGAUGUUGUUGAAAGCGAGCCCAGAAGUUUUAUUGUCAAUGAAGUUAGCAACUUUGAUGUGUCUAAGGCUGUAAACGAAAAGAGCGACUCAACCCAUCGUUUGGAAUCAAACGAUCAUGACAAGUCCUCUAACGAAACCAGCAGUGAUAAUCAUACAAAUGCAUUUGUAACCCAGCCAGUUGCUGCAGUGAAAUCAAAUGUCAAUAAUGUUGUUGAAAGCGAGUCCAUAAGUUUUACUGUCAAUGAAGUCGGCAACUUUGAUGUGUCUAAGGCCGUAAACGAAAAGAGCGACUCAACCCACAGUGCUAAUUCCAUUGAAAGAGAGGCAACACCAGAUCUUUCUGAGAAGCCAAUUGAGAAUGAGAGGGAAAUUCCCAAUUUAAUUAUAGUUAACAAUGAUAAUGAUAAGGCACCAAGUUUUCAAGGAAGCCAUGAAGGAGAAUCAUCGCGGGGAUUGCCUUCACAUGAUUUUGUUACCAAACAACCUCAAACUUCACAAUCAGUUCAUCCAAGUAAAGGUCAAGAUCUUGAAGGCGAACACUGGAUACAAAAUGAAGCCGACGCUGCAACAAGUACAUCCAGAGGAGAUGCAGGUAAAGAUCAUGGCAGUCAGGAUUCAGAAAAACCAAUGAAUUCUGAAAAUGCUUCAGACCACCAGAAGGCUAAUGAAACUAACAUUGGCUCAGGUGAAAGGGACUAUAGUAACACUAACCUUAAAGAUUGAUUCAUGACCACUAUGUUUAUGUGUACGUACUCUUGUAGUAGUUUUGUCUUUUUAGAUGUGAAAGCAGUUGAACCCUCUUCAAUUUUGCUUCAAGUUUGUUGUAACAUAUUAAACUAAUGUUAGCUUUAAGAGAAUGAACAUUGAAAAGAAUUUGUUUCCAAUAAAAU